CUGUUGCUAUAUUGAUAAGAUUUUUACUCGAGUACUUCGUUUAAAGGGAACGUUUGUUAAAGCAACACAGGAUGGGAGCUGCGUUGGGUGCUCUGGGAAGCUGUGCUGCCUUUUCUUCGUGUGCUUCUUGUGCUAGUUCUCUGGCGCCAGUGGCUGCCUGUUGUUGUGGAUCUUCUGCAUGCUUUUGUUGCUGUGCCCGUUGUCCCUCGUGCAAGAACUCCACUGCAUCAAGAAUCGUCUACACCAUAUUCCUGUUCCUGGGAACAGUCUUGUCUGCUGUCAUGCUUGCCCCCGGUAUCGCUGAUAAGUUGGAGAAGAUUCCUCGCUUCUGCGAACAUGUUCCUGAUCACUGUAACAGCCUGGUGGGAUACUUGGCAGUGUAUCGAGUCUGCUUUGCCAUGGCAGCAUUCUUCCUGUUGAUGGCCAUUAUGAUGUUUAAAGUUAGCAGCAGCCAUGAUCCCAGAGCCAAGUUUCAAAAUGGGUUUUGGUUUGUCAAGAUUGCUUUCUUUAUAGCACUUCUGGUGGCUGCUUUUUACAUCCCCAAGGGAAAGUUUGGCACAGCAUGGAUGUACAUUGGCAUGACUGGUGGCUACCUGUUUAUACUGCUACAGCUCAUUCUGUUGAUUGAUUUUGCUUAUAACUGGAGUGAAUCUUGGGUUGAGAAGUAUGAAACGACAGGAAAUAAAAGGUGGUACUGGGCUCUUGUCAUUGUUACCAGUGGAAUCUAUAUCAUUGCUGUUGGUGCUGUUGUGUGCUUUUUCCUAUUCUACACUGAACCAACAGGUUGCAAGACCAACAAGUUCUUUAUCAGCUUAAACCUGGUGCUGUGUUUUAUUGUCUCCAUGGUUGCCAUUCAUCCUAAAGUUCAGGAAUGUCAACCAAGUUCUGGUCUGUUACAGGCGGCAGUUAUUACACUGUAUACAAUGUACCUGACAUGGUCUGGCAUGUCAAAUGAACCUGACCAGACGUGCAAUCCCAGUGAUUCUUUGAUCUCCAGUAGUUCUAAUCUGGCACCUGGCUUGGGUAAUGGAAGAACUGUUCUAGCAGCAAUACUGAUGUUUGUCAUGGUGGUGUACUCUUGUUUGAGAACAACCAGUUCAAACCGUCUCACUGCCAGUGGAAGCAUGGAGGAGACACUUCUACCAGACUAUACCCAAGAUGCUGAGAGUGGAAACAGCACAAAUGAUGAAGACAAGCCCCGCACCCAACGUGUGUAUGAUGAUGAAACCACUGCAGUGACUUACAACUACAGUUUUUUUCACAUCACUUUCUUUCUGGCCUCACUCUACAUCAUGAUGACUUUGACCAACUGGUACAGUCCUGAAGGUUCAGAUUUCACUAAACUGACCAGUAACUGGGCUACAGUGUGGGUCAAGGUCAGCUCCAGCUGGGCGUGUCUUGCUCUCUACCUCUGGACCCUGUUGGCCCCAGUCCUCCUCCCAGACAGAGACUUUGGUCACUGACCUGGAACAAGUUCUCCCUCUGUGCUUUGGAGAGUUCAUUAGCUAGCUUGUAAAUUAACUGCUGAGAUUUUCAAUUGCAGGCAGUGUUGGUUUUAGUUGUCAGGACUUAGGGCGUAAGCCCAAGUAUUUAAAAGUGAGAAAACUUUCUUCCCUUAAUCGUUCAGCCCCAGAGACUUCUCUCUUUCAUGUGGCUACUGUUUUAUAUAAGAGCAAAUUGCUAUUACAUGUAAGUACUGUAGUGAAAAGUAAGUUGUGACUAAUGUGAGUUACAAAACUAUAGAAUAUGUGCAGAGACAAUGUCCUGUCUAAUAGUUCCUUGAAAAUUUGUGCCGUAGAAUUUCAGUUUGUAUACCUUACUUUCUACAUCGUAAAUUUUUCAUAAGCAAUCUGUAACUUCUUUAUUGUAAAAUUAAGGGUGGCCAUUUUUUUUUACAGGGUGUGUGUGCACUGCACUGCACCCAGAAAAUUGUUAAGUAACGCAUUGUAGAUCGAGAAAGUUGUAAUUAUUUCUCGUUUUGGUUUGUGUUUUCCGUAAUUGUGUUAGGCACUUGAACUCCCGUAUAAAUGAGACAGCUAAACGUUCAGUACCGAGUAUUGCCUGGUAUUUUACAAAACACUAUUGUUUUAUUUUGUGGAAUUGUUCAUUGAUAUGGAUCUUUUCUUUUAUUUCGUUGGUGACCUGAUCAAAUGGAAUAAUCUUACAAGUUUAAUUGCUCCUACGGCUUCAGGGAGCAAAGAGAGUAGUGAACGUUUUUGGAGGUUUUGAAAACCUGUAAAUGAGAUAAAAAGGAACAUAUUUCCACAAGUAAUUCCAGAAUACCGCACAGCAUUAAUUUGUGAUAAGUGGAUAAUGAAGAAAGAAAGCUCGUAAAAUUAGGAGCUUGUUAAUUAUGGGCCAUGCUUGAUGUUUCAAUGUUGUAACCUGGCCUAAGUUAAAAAUUAACGGAGUUUCUGUGAAUAAAACCAGACCAAAUAAAAAAG